UUAAAUGUUAUCUCCUUUCCGAUAAGUUGGCACGUACAGGACGCGACGGAUAAACAAGCAUAUCAACGCUUCCGCGGAUAUGUUUUAUUACAAUUGCUGAAUACCAACCCAAAAAAAAUAGAAAUUAUGAUCUCACUAUUCAUACGUCUUAAAAAGACCCUACAACAAAAGCACAUUCCAGAACGGGCCGUUCAUGUCGUUACCAGAAAGCGGAGGAAUGGAUAUGCCAGCCUGAGGGGCCUAUCCUGUCCGUCAACACACGAGGGAGAAGCCGCGUGCGUGCCUGUGCCGUCCGUCCAGUGAUCCAGUCCGUGCCCGCCCAACACACAACACAACCCAGACCCAGGGAAUGUUGCUGUGCAAGCGACGGGCACCGCGCUUGUUGACUCGGCUUCCCCUGCUCCCACGGCUCUCCCUCCCACCUCAUCUUCCUCCUCCUCUCCUCCUCCAUCUCCUUUAAAAGCUCCGUCCAAGCUUUCACCUCGCUUCAAACCACAAUUCACAGGCCCUCUCCGAUACUCUUCCUUCCUCGGUCCACCUUUUUUUUCCCGGCCCUCUAUCUCCUUAGCUGCCAAGAACACGCUGUUCGAUCGUCUCGUGCUAGCGUGGUAGUCUGGAAGCGUCUCUUUUUUUUUCUUCUUCCUGUUCGAUCCAGUUCUACCCGUCCAAUCCAAUCCAAGCUCCUCCCUUCACCCCAAAGGGACGAGAGAGAGAGAGAGAGGUCCUCUAUGGCCGGGCCUGCUGUCCACCCUCGUCACGGCAGCCGGCCGGCGCUCUGAACUCCCGAGCCGGCUCUCCAUCAGCCACGUCGCGCGCCGCCCAGGAGAAGGAGCUCUUUAAUCUGUGCUAGCAGCGGUCCCAGAGAAUGCGGCAGAUCUCGUCGCUGCUGCAGGGCCUGGCCCGGUCACUCUCGGUGGGGAGGGACAGGGACAGGGACAGGGACCGGAAAGGGAACGGCGCAGGCGACCGCAAGACCGCCGUGCCGGCGGUGCUGCGGACGUCGGGCACCCUGUGGGGCGACGGCUCGGACACGUUCGCCGCCGUCUGCUCGCGGCGCGGCGAGAAAGGCAUCAACCAGGACUGCUCCAUCGUCUGGGAGGGAUUCGGGUGCCAGGAGGGCACCAUCUUCUGCGGCAUCUUCGACGGCCACGGCCAGUGGGGCCACUACGUGGCCAAGGCGGUGCGCGACUCGCUGCCGCCGUCGCUGCUGUGCCACUGGCAGGAGGCGCUCGCUCUCGCGUCACUCAUCGACGACGGCGAGAAGAAGCUCGGCGACUGCCAGUUCGAUCUCUGGAAACGGUCCUACGUGGCCGCAUGCGCCGCCGUGGACGAUGAGCUGCGGCGCAGCCGCCGCUUGGACGCGGUCCAAAGUGGCUGCACCGCGCUAUCCAUCGUCAAGCAGGGGGACCUCAUGAUCGUCGCCAACGUCGGCGACUCCCGGGCCGUGUUGGGCACCACGUCCGACGAUGGCGCCAUUGCGGCUGUCCAGCUCACCGUCGACCUAAAGCCUAACCUGCCACAGGAGAAGGAGCGCAUCCGGCGGUGCAAUGGUCAAGUGUACUGCCUCGCCGAUGAGCCCGGGGUGCACCGCGUGUGGCAGCCUAGCCGAGAGUCGCCGGGGCUCGCUAUGUCGCGCGCGUUCGGCGACUACUGCGUCAAGGACUGCGGUGUCAUCUCUACGCCGGAGGUGACGCAGAAGAGGAUCAGCAGCAGUGACCAAUUUAUCAUCCUCGCUACCGACGGGGUAGCUUUCGGCCUAUCUGCCUUUAAUUCUCUAUGCAAACACAGGCACAUGCACCCAUCUUUUCGUUUAAGAAAGCAUACACAUUGCUUGGUGACUGACGAUGGCAAACGGGAAUUUUAUCCGAUAGGUAUGGGACGUGCUCUCCAACGACGAGGCGGUACAUAUCGUGGCGGGGACGCCGGACCGGGCGAAGGCGGCCAAGCGGCUGGUGGAGUGCGCCGUUCGCGCGUGGAGGCGCAAGCGGCGCGACAUCGCCGUCGAUGACUGCUCGGCGAUCUGCCUCUUCUUCCACCCGCCGCCGCCGUCGUAGACACGAAAACCUGUAACGUGCCGAAGUCCACGCCAAGGAGGAGGGGGCAACGAAAUGCACAUCUCAAGACAGACUACGAUUAUUGUGCCCGUGGCGUUCGUAGAGUGCACUGCCGCCGUCCACCGUUCAGAAACGUGCAGUUUGUCACGUGAGAGCGACACUCCACGAUUAGGAACUGCAGCCGGUGCACGGCCAAACAAAAAGAUCUCCGGCUUUCACACGUUACCAGUCAAGAUGUACGAGAACAUCAGAGAAAAAGGGUAGGAAAGACGCAUUUUGUCCUCAUUUUUGGGUGUCUGGCUCUGAAUUUCUCAGUCGCAAUUAUAGAUGCACGUCAAUC